AUGAAGGAUGGGGAUUAUAAAACUUUAAUCGAAAAUCUUCACGUUGAAUAUUUUAAUGAUAAAUUAGCAGCUCCCAAUGCGACUUUCCAUCUUUUUAAAUACAACAGAACCCAGUUUGCAAUAAAUGUUUCAAUUUGGGUGUUAGAAGAUUUAUAUGGAAGUGAUAUAGAGUCUUCAACCAAAGUUUUUGCUUUUAUGAGCAAUACAUUUAAAUAUAGCGGAAUAGAAUUAAAAGUUCCGGAUUGUUGUACCAUGUGGAAGGACGAUUUAUAUGGCAUUAGAAAAAUUAUGACCAAAUGCGGGGAUGUGGAUUUAUGUUAUAUUAGAAAGGGUCUUUGGCAACUGACAAAUUGUUGGCCGGAAAACACUUUUAAAUACUUUCCAAAAAGCGUACCUCAAGGUUCGUACAAGAUUAUUAUGGAAUCAAAAUUAAAGGAUGGAAGAGUUUUGAGCAGAAUUGCUUGGUACGGAAAAGCCAGUUUGUUUUUCAAGCAGGUUCAAAGUAUGAACAGUACUUCAAAAUAUAAUUUAUUUUAA